UUCACUUUUUCCCAGAAAGCAGGUGUUGUUGAUUGAUAAAACUUUGUGUUUCGUAUCGUAUUUGAAAGUGCAAAAUCAAAAACAUUAGUUAUUUUUAAUUUAUUUGUUUUUUUUAAAUAUAGUUAUUCACAAGUUCGCUUCGUAGCAGUGUAAAGUGAACUUUGUGUUAGAAAGAACUAUUUUUGUGAGAAAAUAAUUACACUGUGACAAAAGCUAAAAAUUGUGAUGAAUUGAGUUGUAAAGUGUAACAGAAUUGCAAAAAGAAAUUUUCUCUCGUUAUCAACAAAACAGUGCCGAAGUGAACUUAAGUAAAAAGUGAACUAAACCAAGUGUUUCUCGAAAAUGACUUGAACAAACUUUUGCUCGGGUUUCUUUGAACUAUUUAAAACGUGCUUAGAAUUUAAACAUGAGUACAGAUAGAUUUCACAAAGCAGCCAAAGAUGGUCUGCUCGAAGUGCUGCGCGAGGCGACCCGAAAAGAAUGCAACAACAAAGAUGAGUCCGGAAUGACGCCGACGUUAUGGGCAGCUUUCGAAGGACAUAUCGAAGCUUUAAGAUUGCUGUGUGGAAGGGGAGGUGAGCCCGACAAAGCCGACUACUUCGGGAACACCGCACUGCACCUAGCAGCAGCCAGGGGCCACAAGGAAUGCGUGACCUUCCUUAUUAACUUUGGUGCUAAUAUGUACGCGAUGGACGUGGACGGACAUACCGCUCAAGAACUAGCCGCAAUUAACGGCAGAGACGAUAUAUUGCGCUUCCUAGAUCAAGCUACGGGAAAACUAGAAAAUAAUGAUAAGAAAAAAGCGAAAUCCCUGAAGGAAAAGGCGAAAAAAGAUCACGAGAAAUUACAAAAACAGUACACCAAGAGACAAAGCAAAGCAGAGGUGAUAGCUGAAAAAGAGUUGAAGAAGCUAACGAAGGAAUGGGAUCGUGGAUACAAUGAGGAGGUGUCGACCAUGCCGCACAGACCUAGCAAUGUUCUGAUGGCUUUGAAGCAAAAGAUGAUCCGUUCAUCUAGCCAAGGUAAUCUAUUAGACGAGCAGCCCAGGCCUACGUACAGCUCUUUAGUGGGAACUGUGAACUCGGGCGCGAGGGGUAGAGGAGCAGUAUACAAGAAGGCACUCGCUAGCAAGCUGCGCAACGGCACGUUAGGGAAAAGCACUGUUACUAAAGAUGAUUUUAAGGUUGGUGAAGUAGAAACUACAGGGCGUAGAUCAGUGACUUCUCUGAGCGGUCUACGGCGUGACUCGGAAGUUAUGUACGUUGGGACCUUUGGCGCCGGGCCCCAACAACGCGGCACCGUUGCCGAUGUAUUCACUGAAAAGGAACCGAGGAAACCUACGCUGACGAGAUCAGCAAGCCAGCCGGACUUCAUGGCAGCGCAGAACGAAGACAGCGGCAUCGGUCAGGAAGUGCUAUUGCAAGAGCCUGCUAGCAUAUUCGACAGGCCUGGUUUUGGGAGCGUAGCUUUCCGACGGUCAAUAACAGCCACACUGAGUGCACUGCCAGCCAGCGAAGAGUUGUCUAUUGGGUCAGCGGGUUCCCUGGCCGCAAGACACGCAUACCAGCCUGCCGAAUGGAAUUCCACACAAUCUGGAAGUUCAACCAUAACAUCUGACGAAGAAGGCGAAGCUGACGAAACAGGGUACUCCUCGCUCGAGCGCUUCCUGACAGCCUGGGGCUUGUCGCAGUACAUUCAGAAGUUCAAGGACGAGCAGAUCGACUUAGACUCUCUCAUGUUGCUAACAGAGAGCGAUAUGAAAUCCCUAGGUCUACCCCUCGGGCCUUACAGGAAGUUGGUGACAGCAGUACAGGAGAGGAAGCAAGCAUUGUCACAUCCAGGACCCAUGAUCGACACUGCUAUAUGAGGUUACUUAUGUAAAGGAUACAACACACUUGCGAUAAACCGCGGGGGUUUUCCCCAAAAAAGGUUUUUUGUAGUAGAGCUAUAUGUGACAGAGCAACAACGCUUUUUUCUGUCACACGCAGCAUUGUUGUGUUCCGGUCUGAAGGCAGAGUGCAAAUGAGGUUUAACACGGCUUAUGUUGAUAUACAGGGCGGCACCGCACUUCGUAGGACGUUGUUCCUUGUAUGCCUUGCAAAGUGUUAUUCUUAUAGGCGAUGGUUUUUUAGUACGUCAAUUAUUAUGCACUAUAAAAAACAUUCAAAUAUUAUAUGUGUAAGUAGAAUAUACUGUCUUCUCACUGCGGUACUAAUUGAGAAAACUUGGUAAAAUAAUCUUAAGCAACGUUUAUUAUUAACGCCAUAAGAAUACAGAACAAAUUCUGUAUUCUGUGGUAACGCCCUAAUAUUAUAGAAGUGAAAGCUUGUCUGUUUGGUACCUGUUUGGCUCAACUGCACUAUAUUGAUGAAAUUUGACCUCUAUAAUGGGACGCCCUAGAGAUGGAAAUAGGAUACUUUUAUCCCAGGAAAGCACCAUUCUAUUCUACUUUGUCUAUUCAAAACUUUACAGCCAAACCGAUCUUGGCGAAUCUUUGCACAGAGAUUUUUGAAUGCUGGAGACUUGUUCUCGAAAAAACUAACGGUUUCCCUGGUAUUUAAAAAAAAACCGCAAAAGGCGGACGCGGGCAAUAGCUAGUGAAGUUUUUAUUAGAAGCAGUAAAUACUAUUAUUGUAUUUAUGUAUUAGUAAAUACAAUAAUAAUGCCAAUGCCAAUGCUCAAAUGAGCACGAGAGAAUUGGGACGAGAGACUUAAAUAUUUAUUUAAGUCCAAAAUUAUGCCAUCCCUUUCAUUGUGUUCUUUGUGGCAAAGGAUAGUACAAUUUCUAGACAAGUUAAUUUAGUUUCGAGAUUUCUGCGGGUAAAACUAAAAUUGGCAUCAAAAUUUGAGUAGUUGUAAAUCAGUAGUGUAUAAUGUAUAUCUUCUUUUGUGCGGUUAUAAAACGCUGGGGCGUUCUUAGUCUAAUGUAGAAUAUAUAUUCCUUUCCGUCAUAGUUUUGUACAUUUUUUAAUGAAAAUAUAAUUUUUGACAUACUUAGACGAUACAAAUUACAGUCGAAGGACUAUUUUACUACGCGAAUCGGAAGCCUUUCAUAUGCAACUACUAAAAUCUUAUUAGUUUAUAUCGUUCUCUUGUGUAUCUGUCUGCUAAAGAAUGGCGUCCUAACGUGUCAUUUGAUCACAUAAAACCGUAAAACACUAAGAAACAGUUUACAUAUCCUUGUAACAAAACUAGAUGCAUUUAAUAAAUAAUGUUUGUUCAUUUAUUAAACAUACAAUUUACUUAAAAUACAAAUUGUAUGUGUAUAUAAUUAUAAUACCAUCUUUAAUAAUAAUCAUUCUUAGUUACUUCAUUAAUUAGUAACAUGGUCCAUUCAAGUAUGACCUGUCAGUGUACCACAUUCUUUCAAACCAAACCUAUAUACCCACUUAAAGUCGGCAGCCUAAGUCGGGCAACUAUCAAUUAUUUGCAUUCUAAUUAAAAAGCCGGCGGCAUCUAUGCUGUAAUAUUAAGCCGACGACCUAAACUACUUCACUUCAGUAAUAAUACUUCUAUGUUAUUAUUUUUGUCAAUAUUUACCCUUAUAAUAUAAUAGCCCUUAUAUAUA